GGCAAAUAUGUGGUCGUCGCAACAUGAAUCUAAUCAAAUCUACGAGUUCGCGAGAGCUAUAAAACGGAGAGCCACAGUACGAGAAAAUCAAAUAAUACUCUAAUGGCUUCCCUGAAUUUCACUGCCACGUCGCUCCGGCCGCCGGGUUUCUCCCCCGGGACCGGAAACCACAGGAACGCCGUCAAGCUACACCUCAGAAAGAAACGCAUCUCAGUCUCGUUCGCUGCGAAUUCGCCGGAGGAGACGUCGCCAGCUCCACCACUCGAAAAGCCCGAAAUCGAGCUGGAGUUCAUCGGGCCGAAGCCAGGGAACGACGGGUCGUACCAGGUGGAGAGAGCCAAAGAGAUUAGUGGUGAGAAGCUUCUGAGGAACAUCAUGAUAGAUAACAAGAUUGAGCUCUACGCCACGUAUGGAAAAGUGAUGAAUUGUGGUGGUGGUGGAAGCUGUGGAACUUGUAUUGUGGAGAUUAUUGAUGGAAAGAAUCUUUUAAAUGAAAGAACAAAUACAGAGCUCCGGUAUCUGAAGAAGAAUCCCGAAUCUUGGAGGCUUGCUUGUCAAACUAUUGUGGGAAAUAAGGAAAAUUCUGGCAAGGUAGUGGUUCAGAGGAUUCCCCAGUGGAAGAAGUAAUUAAGAGUUGACCCUAUUCAUUAAUGAAGCCAAUGAUUUAUUGCGAGAAGGGAGACAUCAUUACACUAAAAACAUAUUUACAUUCAAAACAGAUGGUAAGAAUUUUAAAAUUCUUAGCUUGGCAUGCAGAAAUAGAUAAUGUAUAUUGUUCAGAUGUUACAAGUAAUCUCUGUACCACAUGAUGGAAUUAGUAAGUUAUUUAUUUAUUUAUUUAUUUUAUAGUUGAAAGCUUUGUAUGCUUAUUACCAUGCCAUUUGUAGGCCAUUUGAUGAUAAAUGGAGGGAAAUGGUUGAUUUUUCAUUA